UAAAACAGACAGCUCUUCAAACGAAGAGGUACAAUCAUCUGGUAUAAGCAGUAUGUCCGAUGACACACCAUCUCUAGAAAAUGGACUUAGUUCCCAGCCUUCGUUGAGUCAGUAUGAACGCUGGUCUGAAGAUUCAUACGUCGACUCCCCUCAUGUGAGGUAUCAGAACGAUUUGAACAAAAACCGAGUAUUGGGGAAAGACCAUCCAACAGCUUUUCGUGAAUACUCCACUAACCAAAUUCGAAAUUUUGACAAUACAGGACAUAACGGAUUGAUGAGCUAUAACAAUAUUGGUGGACCGGUACACCCGGCACCUACUGAUAAUAGCACCCCACUUCAGACGGAUUUAUCUCCUACAAUGGCGGGACAAAACUCUCUCACACUGCAAGGUACUUCCAAUGAUAGCUUUCUGCCCGGUUCACACAUUUACCAGCCAUUUGGCGAUGCAGGCAGAGCAUAUUUUUUGGACAGUGAUUUAGAAACAAUUGAAGAGGAAUCAUCUGUUAUAGAAUCAGAUUUCGACGAUCGUUCAUCGAUUGGAUAUAACCGAAAACGACUCCCUUCCGACAUACAUAUACGAAAUAGAAGCAGCAGUACAGGAAGUGCACAAUCAAUUUCAUACCGAGGAAGCGUUACGUCUACAACUACAGUUUCCGAUGAUGAACGAUCUUCAUCUACGCUAUCAUCCACUCCUACAUCGCCGAAUCAAAGAUCAAGUUUGUCGAGUGAUCGUAGCACACCAAACAACGAGCAAUACGAAAACGGGAUUAACACCAACUUACGAAAUGGCGUGGCAGGCCAUAGACGUAACAAGGGAACAACUCACAGAUACGAAAUUGGUGGAAUCGAUCCGAAUGCCCAACAGAAAAUAGUGUAUGCAAAAUGUCUUAGUCCACCUGAGCAACCAAAGAGGCACCAUCACCGUACACCAGCAGCAAAAACGUUAGAUCCCCAAUUUGCAGCAACCAUGAAUGGCCAUCACUCAACUCCCAAGACAAAAUCACACCAUGAUCAACAAUCCAGAAAACAAAGUCAUUUAUCGCCCCGAAAUCGAAAAUCUCAGGACUUGACAAUAACCGAUAUGUUCGAAGCCGUCAGAAAAGGGGAUGUCCAAACACUGAACAAGUUCUCACCGACCGAACAGAGUGAAACCGUGGACGAAAAGGGGAACACGGUCUUACAUGCUGCAGCGACAUCAGGGCAUCUGCAGUGUGUUACAGUAUUAGCUACCGGAUCGUGUUCACAUGCAGUUUCGUUACUGAAUGAUGAUCUAAUGACGCCUGCUGCGUUAUCAGUAAAGCAUGGGCACUUAUGCUGUGUACAAUGGUUGGUGCAAAAUACCGAAGCCAAAGAAGAGCUGAUAGUAUCUUCAAGACAGGCUUCUAUCGACGGAUCAAACAUGCGGCCUCCUCUCGCUCAUGUUGCUUCUCGAUACAACCAGGAUGCUGUAUUAGAUUGGUUGUGCGAGGAGAUGACUAAGGAAAAAUAUCCUGUUGAUUCAGCAGAUCACCAUAGUAACACUGCUGUGCAUGAAGCGGCAGCACGUGGUCAUUUGAAAUGUUUGCAGACUCUUGUUGGUCGGGGAGCAUCUGUAACAGUCCUCAACUCCCACGGUGAUACACCAGGACAAGUGGCCGACAAGAACAAACAUGAUCUAUGCGUUGGAUACUUGGUAGUCGUGGAAACAUGCAUGUCACUUGCGCAACAACUGAUAACGAUAAAGUUAGAAAAUGAAGGGGUGAGAAACGAAAACAGCAAUCUUCGAAUGCAAUUACAAACAAUGCACAAUGCAAAAAUACAACAAGCCAAAGAAUCAGUUGAAGAGCGGAUAAAAGCAACUUUACAGAAUCUUUCAUCAUAUGAUGAAGAUAAUGAAGUACAUCCUGUUCAACCAAUUGAGAAAAAAGGCAUUACACAUACUCAUCCGCGUACACCCACAGUUCCACAACAACGCACAACACCAAUCGUGAACCAAAGUCAUACCCUUGAAAUACCUUCGCCCGAGAAAAAUGCCACGAAAUCUGAUGUAUUGAAAAUGGGAAGCAAUAUAUUGGAUAAACCAAAUACGCAUCAUCAGAUUACCAAAGAAACGCCAUAUAACAAAUCCGAAGCUGAUAAAAAUAAUUUAAAGAAUGCUCCACAAACUGUGACGUCCCCGAAUGCUACAAUUGGCACCAAUGCAUUUAAAGCUGAACAAUCCCACCGACCCGUUGCAACAAAUUAUAAAGAAACUGCAAUUAACGACCCAGUACACGCGACAACGAAAAAUCAAGUACAUAAUGUAACCGAAAACGGAAAUACUGAUGUGGUUGUAAAUGCCGAGGUUCAAAAUUUAAUGAACGGAACGUCAAGGGUGGCCAAUGCCAAGUCAUCACCUCAUUCAGUAGAAUCUCCCAAUGCUAAAGCUUGGGAAAAAAUGGCAAUGGAUGAAGUAAUACGUAUGGCUCGUGAUACCAGAUAUCUACCCUCACCUACUGUAUCCAUGUGUACUGAAGAUUCUACCAUGGAAACGAGAGAGGCUAUGAGGGAGCGUCUUACUGAUGCAAGUCGAUGGUUUCUUGGACAACAGAGUGGAAGAAAGCCCCAUAUCAAAGAUCCAUUGUUCCCAACCCAUAAAAUGCGACAAUCUAGCCCAAGUCAAGCGUUGCCGAAAUCCCCACAAAAAUCACUCGGGAACACAGCUUCAUGGGUACUAGGGGUUCAAAAAAACAGAAAAGGUCUUUCGCAGCAUGGUGGUGGAAGCAUGGCGCAACAAAAUAAAGUGCCACAGAAUUUCGUAGAAGCGACUAAUCAAGAAUUUAUGAAACUUCAAACUGAGCAAAAUUACUCUUUGGCAAGAAAUCAAGGGUACAUAAAUAAUCCUGGUAGUAUAUAUCCUGUUGCUGAACUUUCUGACAAAGGAUCUCCCGUUCCAUCUAUUUCUAGCAGUUCUUCAAGUUGCUUAACGGAGAGGAGAAAUCACAUUAUUCAUAAUUCUAGACCUACCAGCGCUAAAAGUACUUGUAGCACAACAUCAACCAUUCGCUCAAACUUUCCAGACAGUAGUUCCUCAAGCGUUUCUAACUCAACUACCGCAUCUCAAGACACCGUUGUCGAAAAUGGGCAAGAUCCACGGCGGUAUCAAUAUAGAGUAGAUCCAUUAGAAAAACGUAAUGUUCCAAGCUCGCCUGGUUCAAAUAUGUCAUAUAGCUCAUCUAGGAUACACAACUCCACACGAAUUGACGUCAAACCAACUAACGACCUCAGCUACACGCGAAGCGGCGCUUCUAUACACCAUGGCGAGGGAUUAUCUGCGAACGAAACUGCAGAAUUGCGAGUAACGUUACCAACUCGUAAUAACAGUUUCUUGCGCAAAGUACAGCCUGCUGCAAAUCAUGAGGCUUCCAUUAACAACACAUUACAAAUUCCAUCAGUAAACUCACCAGUAUCAUACCCCGAAAUACCGUCAAAGCAGUCGCCAACAGCGAAACUAUCUUCAAACAUGUUUUCGCCAGUGACGUCACCUACGAGCCCUGUGAAGCAGAGCGUUGCUGUCGGCAUUCAAUAUUCGCCUGAAAUUUCAACACAAAAAGUAGAAAUCAUUUCACCUGAUUUAUCGAAUGGAUCGGCGGUUCCAAUAUUGGACAAAAGUAGGGAAAAGACAACAUCGGGGAAAUCUGGAUAUGUAUUGUGGAAACCAAGUAUUAAAACAACAUCAAAGAAUGAUGAACUCGGCGCAGAUCCCCAUCCGUUACCCACUGUUGAGCAACCACUGGCAGAAAAAAAGAAAAAGACAAAACAGUCAAAACAACCGUAUGGAGGUUUAUUCAGUUCAAAUUCACCAAAAACAGGAAGUCGGCGGAAAAUGACAAAAUUGUUUCAAUUUUGAAGAAACGACGAGAUGUUCGAAAUCCAUCUGGUGUGAGAGUGAUAUUUUCACUCCCACUGGUUACAAUUUGUGUGGCAAUUCACUCCAUCAUACAUUUUUUUCCGAACACCAUAUAUAUAUAUUUGGAUGUUUUCAUAGAGCCGAAUACUGUAUUUGUUAUCAUUCCACUGUAUAUUUUUCUUUUACAUUGUUUAUUUUUAAAUAUUUC